CUCCCGUCUCACAUUUCCUCAGCCCCGGGAAAGGCGUUGCACGGCGAGUGGCUGCUUGUGGGAAGCGCAGGAGCGGGGGGGGCUCACACCCUUUCCUCCCCGCCCUCCCGCCGCCAGCCAGUCGCUCAGCCUCAGAGGCACAGGCAGAGGGCGCCUGAGCCAUGUCCGCCCCCUGCGGCCGCUGUGCCGCUCAGCUCCACGCGUUGGGGAGGCUCCUGCACCCCGGACCCCGCGGCCGCUGACAGGCGUCCUGCGAGCCAAGGCAGGAGACUGAGUAGAGCGGCUCUGUCCCCCGGCGCCGGCUUCGCCUAGUCCAUGGGGCUGCGCUGCGUGUGCGCAGGCAGGGGGCUGCUGCUGCAGCAGGAGGAAGCCCCGUUGGUGUGAGCAGCUGCCUCACCUCCCUGCUCCCGAGCGAGCCCGGCUCGGAUGUCCGGUUUCCUGCUGGCUUUUCACCUGGCAAACUCCAGCUAACUUCGGUGAGCAAUUGCAAAGCGUCCGGGCACGUUGCGAGCUCCCUUGCAGGCAGCUGGUGCUGCUGCAUCUUCUCCAUCCCAGGGAUUCUGCCGCCUUGGAUAUUGGGGGGAGGCAACCAACAAAGCCAAGGAGCCUCACGAUUCCCCGUACACUCCUCAAGCUCCCCCCGCCCCGCCACGCACCCACCCUGCCAUCCUUGCACAAUGCACUUGCUGGGAUUAUUCUCUCUGGUUUGCUAUCUGGCUGCUGCUGCUCUGCUGCUGGGACCCAGGGAGCCGGCCACCGCCGCUGCCUAUGAAUCCGGGCAGGGCUACUACGAGGAGGAGCCCAAUUUGGGGGAAGCAAAGGCUCAUGCAAGCAAAGAGCUGGAAGAGCAGUUGCGGUCUGUGUCCAGUGUGGAUGAACUCAUGACAGUACUUUACCCAGAGUACUGGAAAAUGUUCAAAUGUCAGUUGAGGAAAGGGGGCUGGCAACACAACAGGGAACACUCCAGCUUCGACACAAGAUCAGAUGAUUCAGUAAAAUUUGCAGCAGCACAUUAUAAUGCAGAGAUCUUGAAAAGUAUUGAUAAUGAAUGGAGGAAAACUCAGUGCAUGCCACGUGAGGUGUGUGUAGAUGUGGGGAAAGAGUUUGGAGCAACAACAAACACCUUCUUUAAACCCCCAUGUGUAUCCAUCUACAGAUGUGGAGGUUGCUGCAAUAGUGAGGGGCUGCAGUGUAUGAAUAUCAGCACAAGUUACAUCAGCAAAACGUUAUUUGAGAUUACUGUGCCGCUGUCUCAUGGCCCUAAACCUGUAACAGUCAGUUUUGCUAAUCAUACAUCCUGCCGAUGCAUGUCUAAACUGGAUGUUUACAGACAAGUUCAUUCAAUCAUUAGACGUUCCUUGCCAGUGACGCAACCACAGUGUCACAUGGCAAACAAAACUUGUCCAAAGAAUCUUAUCUGGAAUAAUCAGAUUUGCAGAUGUCUGGCGCAGCAUGACUUCAGUUUCUCUUCCCAUCAUGGAGAUACUGACACUGCUGACGAAUUCCAUGAUAUCUGUGGACCUAACAAAGAGCUUGAUGAAGAAACCUGUCAAUGUGUUUGCAGAGGGGGUGUACGGCCUUCAAGCUGUGGACCCCAAAAAGAAUUAGAUAGAACAUCAUGCCAGUGUACAUGUAAAAACAAACUUUUGCCUAGUUCCUGUGGUCCCAACAAAGAAUUUGAUGAAGAUAAGUGCCAGUGUGUAUGUAAAAGAACCUGCCCCAAACAUCAGCCACUAAAUUCUGCAAAAUGUAUCUGUGAAUGUAUAGAAUCUCCAAAUAAAUGCUUCUUAAAAGGAAAAAGGUUUCAUCACCAGACAUGCAGCUGCUACAGACCACCGUGUACAGUUAGAACGAAACGCUGUGAGCCUGGAUUUUAUUAUAGUGAAGAAGUGUGCCGUUGCGUACCCACAUAUUGGAAAAGACCACUUAUUAAUUAGUGAAGAAAGCACUACUUGCCAUUUUGGUGUACAUUUUUCCAUUAAAAAACCAACAGCAUUAACAUUGGAAUUAACUGUGCACCAGAGACCCUGUGGGAUUCACAGAGACAAACACGUGCUUUUUCCCCAAGAAAUGUGGAAAGCACAUGUAGACAAUAAUGGGGCUCAUGUUGUGUAAAGAACUCACUAAGGACUUGUUUUCUGCCAAUGACAAAACAGCCUUGGUUUUCCUCCUUGUGAUUUUUUUUUAAAAGAGAUAAUGACUAUAUAAUUUAUUUCCACUAAACAUUGUGCAGCAUUCCUGUUUAUAGCAGUAACAAUUGUUAAAGCUCACUGUGAUCAAUAUUUUUAUAUCAUGCAAAAUAUGUUUAAAUAAAAUGAAAAUUGUAUUAUAUACUGGU